AAACCUCAGUUCAAUAAUAGCACAACCACGCUCUGUCGUUAAAUCGCCGUCUUUUUGUUCUCAAAUUCAUGCUAUGCUUGCUAUGAUCUAGCUGUGGAUGCUUCUCUGAGACCGUGGGACCGAUAUCUGAACUCUCCGAUACUUUCUAUCAUACCUCUCUCCGACCGCACCUCACCUCACCUCACUUCUUACCAUCCACCUAUCCAACCAUCAAGCACAUACAAUGGCAUCGCCAGCUCAAGCGCAGGCUCCGGCCUCGACAUCGAAUCAACCUCUCACACCGCCAGCCGAACCCUCAUCAACAAAUAACACAGCCAACACCACCGCCUCCUCGCAACCACCUCACCCUACAGGAACCUCCACCACCACCGCACCCAACACAGCGAUGCCCUCCGCAACUCCCCAGCCCACUCAGAUCCCAUCAACGUCACUCACAGACAGCGGCAAAUCACGGCGCCCACGCGAUGUCCGCCUAAUCCACAUGCUUCUCGCCUCGCUCGGCGUAACCGCAUACCAGGAACGGGUCCCGCUGCAACUCCUCGAUUUCGCGUACCGCUACACCUCAGGCGUUCUCCAAGACGCGGUCCACCUCGUGACGGAGGGCUACGCAGGCGCCACAGACGCAGGGCCCAGCAGCAGUCGCGGCCCGGUAGAAGUCAACAGCGUGACGCUCCCUGCGCUGCGGCUGAGCAUCGCGUCGCGCCUCCAUUACCAGUUCCAGACGGGGCUGCCGAAGGAGUUUCUGAUGGAUGUUGCGUCGGAGCGGAAUCGCGUGGCUUUGCCCGGUGCCUCGAGGGGGUUUGACACUGCGGCCCAGGCGAAGAGUACGUCCGCGGCCAAUCAGAGUGUUAUCAUGGGGGGGAUGCGGUUGCCGCCGGAGCGGUUCUGUCUGACUGGCACGGGGUGGAAUAUGAAGGAUGAGUGGGACAGUGAAGGGGAGGAGGAGGUUGAUGAUGCGGCGGCGCAGGCGGGCGUCGGUCAGGAUCAGGAUAGGAACGCUGGUGGUGGGAUGGCAGGUGUCAAGGAGGAAGGGGAUGAGGAUAUGGGCGAGGAUGAUGAGGAUGGCAAGAUGGAGGAUAUAUUUGGGGAAGAUACGGCCAUGGGGGACGGUGAGGGAGAUGAGGACAAGGCUAUGACGGAUGUUUAGUUCCCUUUAGACGGAGUUGGGCGCAUAGGUUAGUGUGGAGAUUCCAUGAUCUUGCAUUGGUCAAGGUUUGAUGCCGGCGCUGGUCAAACAAGCAAAGCAAAGCAAAGCGUAUUGUACAUGUACAUAAUGAAAUGACUGUCUUCCCCAAUCAAU